AUGGCCACAUCCACAAAAUUAUCCCAGUCAUAUCUUGUCAUGCUCCUGGUAUUGGCCCUUUGCUUAGCUAUGGCACAAGCAGGGCGUGAUGGUGUUAAUUUGUGUGCAGGAUUUGCACCUCCGGGCUCAUGCAUCCGUCCAAUCAACUGCUUUCGCCCGGACCCUGUCUGUGGUGCUAAUGGGGUCACCUACUGGUGUGGCUGUCCUGAGGCUGCUUGUGCCCGUGUUAAGAUUGUUAAGUUAGGCGCUUGUUAA